CAAAUGUACCCGCGCCUCGUUCACACGAGUUCGCGUUCACCGCUCCGCGGCGCCGACGGCGAAGGACGCGGAGACGGGACAGCCACGGAGCCGCGGGUGGGCGGGGAACGCGCCAGAGCUUCGUCCCCGCCGCGCCGCCGGGGCCCCGCGCUCCCCUCAGGGCCGCCCCACCCCGCCCCAGGGGCCUCGCUCUCCCCUCGGGACUGCCCCAUUGCGCCGCGCAGGCUCAGCGCUUACCUGGGAGUGGAGCUUUCGCCAUUUCAGGGCUGCCCGCUCGCAGCCAAGCCGUCCUCAGCCGCGUCAGGUGCUCGCCCGCUGGGCGCUCCGGCACCCUGCUCUCCGGCGCCCCAUCGGCUUUCAGCAGAGGCCCCGCGCCGCCCCCUUGCCUGCGGCGCUGAGAGACGCGGCCGGGAGACGCGGCCGGGAGACGCCGCCGCCGCCGCCCGGUGCCGCCCGCCCGCCGCUAAAGGCGCAGCCGCCGUCGCUAAAGGCGCAGUGAGCGGCUCCGCGGAGAGCGGGGGCCGGGCCGGGCCGGGCCAGCACGGGGACGUGGCUGCGCAUAAACGGCCUGGAGAGAGCGGCCGCGAGGUGCGAGCAGCCCCCCUCCCCGGCAAGACGCCCCGGCAAGGACCCUCCGCCCGGAGCUCGGUUCGCCCGCAGCCCUCACGGUCUCCUUUUGCUUGUGCAUUAUGUACUAGAGGUACUCAGGAACUCCAUUCCGAAGCCAAUGGCAAGAGCCCAAGCAAGCCUGCAAGUACAGCCAGUGACAAGUGUUUGCAUAUUUCUGCUGUGCCAUGAGAAUCCUUCACUAGAUUGCUACAUCUCCAAAAGAACUCACUCCAGUGUAGCACGUGCUAAGGUGAUUAGCCAAUAAAAUGAAAAGUAAGGAAGUCCUUUCUGAAAAGGAAAACAUUAUUAUAAUGGCUCUAAAGAAAACAUAAGAUGAAUUUUUGAUGGUGAUCCAGUGCAGAAAAUCUCACAGACUGUCAAGCUGAGGCUGAUGUUGAUGGGACAGGUGGAAAAGAAUUCACUGCACCGACUGCAAAAACUCCGACGUGAAUACAGCUUCUGCAUAGUCCUCACAAACAUCCUGCAGCUCUGCUGCCACGUCACACAGGGCUUCUUCUGUCAGUUGCUCUGCAAGACUAAGGGAGAGAGAGGGCAAAAAAAGGAGAAGGAGAAGGUUCAGAAAGUCAGCUUUCAAAUUCCAGUCUUCCAAACCACAAAGAUCGUUCACAUACCUCUCAGCAAUCUGCCAUGGAUCGAAACUGCCCACCACCUCAUGGGAAAUAAGCUUUAAAUGAUGCUUGUAUCUGCUGUUAUAAUCCAAGAUGCUCUGGAGCACAUUGCUUGGCACAGAGAGAGACACAGAAUAUGCUUUCUGUAGAGAAUUCAGAGGUGAGGGCUGCAGAAUGUCAUUUCCAGUCUGCAAUUUCUCCUCUGCUUCUUUAUUUUCAUCAAUAUCACUGGAAAUAUAAAAUAAUCAUCAAGACAGAACUAAAUUUUUAAGUCUCUUUUUGAAGAGUCAGUGUAAUGAAAACACUAUAAUUAAGUCACAUAGAUCUUAUGCACCACAGUUUAGUGUAGGGCCAAGUAUUCCACUUACGUGCUGUCAAAGGGUUUCUCAAAUAAAAUGUCUGUUUCCAGC